GCCCACCGUGCAGUCCGUAUGCGACAUUCUGAAGUUGGACACCGUGGUCCGCAGCGACAACACCUUUACGGUGGUAGAGGAGCUAAUGCGGGAGAGCGCCCAGCCCCGGGUGCAGCGCAGCAACCUCAUCAUGGUAAAGCCAACGGAUUCAGUGGUGAUCUACGUAUGGAAGCGGGCCACAGCCGACCAGCUGGCAAAGCAACUGCGACCCUUUGUGAAGGGCAUCGUGAAUGCCUACCACGGCAGCAUGCUUCCAGAAGUGCGCAGCGUGGUGCAGGAGAACUUCAUGUCAGGAAAAGUUCGAGUGGUGGUUGCCACCAUGGCCUUUGGGAUGGGCCUAGACAAGCCGGAUAUCCGCAUGGUCGUUCACUUUGCGCUGCCCAAAAGCAUAGAGAAUUACAUCCAAGAGACCGGGCGAUGCUCCCGAGAUGGUGCACCAGGAAAGUGCGUGGCCAUCGUGAACAACAAGGACUAUCAAGCCAUGCGAUGGCUGGAGAGCGGAGGUACUGGCGGUGGCACCCAGGCCGCUGUAGUUCGACGUCUCUUAGUGGCCUGGUUGGGUGACUCUGAAGCCUACAAGCGUCAUUUUCUCAGCCCGGAUGCCAGGGCGGCAGUGGGCGAAAACGGCGAGGUGGAGUCUGCUGAAGGCAGCUGGCAACCGUACAGCAUUGCCAUUGAUGA